GUAGCUCUCCUCGUUCUCUCCUUUUUGCGCCGGCAGGAGCGACACACUCACGCACGCACACACACAUCACCAUUCUCCCUGCCUGCCUGCCUGCCUCCCUGCCUCCCGCCUGUCUGCUGCCUGCAUUCUGUGCUGCGCUCUUCGCUUUGCCUGCCUAAAAAACCCUGGCCCGGCUGGCUGGCUGGCUCUGCUCCAGGCUGUUUGUCCCAGCGCACGUCUCUGUCUCUGGGGCUGGACUGAGAGCUCACCUCCCCGGCUGCCUCAAGUCUGGUUCUCCUGAUCUGCAGGCGAGACAGAUCUCUGCUUCGCUACCUGCCGCUCGGGCUGGGACCUCCGCCGACUUGAUAAUCACUGCUGCGUCCCUGUUUGGGAGAGAGUGAUUGAAGAGCAGAGAGGAGAGAGAGAGAGAGAGAGAAGAGAGAGAGAGAGAGAGAGAGAGAGAGAGAGAGAGAGAGAGAGAGAGACUGAAAAAUCUGCGACAUUCAUCCUUCCAUUUUUUUUUUUUUUCUGUCUGUCUGGGAAUGUUCCUCACCGGCCAGAACUCCACCACUUCUCUUUAAAAAUAUAUUUUUCACUCUCUUGUGCUCUACAUCCACGGGUCUCAGCGCAAAGCAGGGGAGCGUUGGAGGGAGGGACUUAGAGAAGAAGCCUUUCCUUCAUCAGUUUGCUCUACCUCAUCAUCUAUCCCACACACUCCACAACCGACAAACACGCUCACACACACACACACACAGAUUGAGGGUAGCUGUAGCGGACGGACAGACAGAAGUGGACAUGAGGAGGACAGGGAGAGAGCGGGCACCCCUGCCCAGGUGUUUACAGACUGGAGAUGUCAUUCACGCCACGCUGGUCAUCUCUCUAAUGCUGGGUGUGUGGUGUGCCCAGGGUCUGGAGGUGUCCACAGGGAAGGUGUCCUUCGUGGAGGCGAUGAACGGCAGCACAGUCCUACUGCCCUGCACCUACGCCAGCUGCAUUGGCAUCAAGAACCUCUACUUCAACUGGCACUACAACGACAAUGGCACCAUGAACAGGCUGUGUGAGGGCAUGAUCCCAUCGGAGGGGAUGGAGCCCAGGGUGUACGUGUACCACGAGAGGGUGGACUUUGUGGGUUCCAGCAAGAUCAACAACAUCUCCAUCCUGCUGUGGAACGUGACCUUCGAGGACGAGGGCGAAUACGUCUGCUUCGCACGCAACCCCAAGGAGAAGAACCGCAACCACAGCGCCAUCUACAGGCUCUACGUGGUCGGGGAGCUGAAAGAGGUGGACACCACCUUAACCACCAUCAUUGUGUCUGUGGUGGGUGGAGUCAUCGGCUUGAUUAUAGUUGUCAUGGUGGUCAAAGCCCUGGUUCAGAACUUCGUGCUCAAGGACCAGGAUAAGAAUAAAGAGUGCCUUGUGAGCUCUUCAGGAAAUGACAACACAGAAAACGGAUUAUCAGGAGCCAAAGGAGACGACAAAGCAACACCAAAGGCAUGAAGACGUCCGUGUGUUUGUAGCCAUGUGUGGACGUGCUGGAUGGAUGACCUUGCACACGUGUAUAUGUACACUUGCAAAUAUGACAGAGCUAGAGAACGAAAUAUAUAUAUAAUAUAUUAUAUAAGCCUACUGUAGGUGAAAAACAAUGUCAUGUAAAAUAUAUAUUUUAGAUUUUGCUUGGGAUUUUGAGGUAGACAAAAGGUGUUCCUGCUGGAUCCAACACAGACCAAUGACCCCUUACGAUUCUGCAAUCUGAAAAUCAGAAUGUAAAACAUUUACGUGAUAUGUCAUAGAAUCAGGCUGUAACCUGGACCAUAGUGAGCCAGCACUUCUCUUGAGAACUGUGGAACCUUCUAGAAUACUCUGAUGUUCUCUUCACUUCUGCACUGACCCACCAGACAGUAUCACCCACAAACUGCCAUAGACUACUGACUGCCAUACUGUAUACAGUAGUUAGCUAGCACAAGAUAUGUAUACAAGAUAUAGGACAAUUCCAACCAGACACAGUCACUGCUCUGACCACACAGAACCCAUGUUCAGUACAACACUGCCCCAUGGCUGCCUGAAGCCAAAACACACUAUUGACUCAUGGUCCUGGUCCAGGUACUGGUUUUAGUUCUAGAUCUGGACUUGGACCUGGACCUGAGUCCUGGGUCCUGGGGUCUGUUUGUGGUUCUGGUCCAGGUUCUGAGGAAGCUCUAAAGACUGUUAGAGGAAGUGGAAGGGUUCCAUCAGGGUCAGGGGUCACAGCCUGGGAGUUUAGGUCCAGAUUCAGGGUUCCAGUCAGUUGCUACGACUGGGCAGAGAGAGGAGAGGUCAUUGGAUCAUGUGUUGGAUCUGGCCAAGCACUUUUCUGAUCUGACUGAUUUAUUGAUUCUUUUUAUUAUUUUGCUUUAGAUGAAACACAGGUGCCUGGUUUUGCUUUUAGCUCCCUUUGUGUUAGGGAGGAAUGACACUGCUAUAAAACACCCCUUCCAAAUUCUCGAGUACUCACCCCUUCAAAAGACAAUCCCUGGAAACAAACCUCCAUAUAGAGAAGAAUUACUUUUAUUUGCUGCUUUAAUAAUAACUAACAAAUGAUUUUUUUUAGCAUGUGUUCUGUUUUUUAUGUGUAGCACAUAGCAGCUAUGAUAUCGGGUUUACCUGAGAGAAGUGUCAUAGAUGGGGGCCGAUGACGUUUGAACUUAAGCUGACCUGUGGGAGCAGAAUGCCCCCCCCCACCCGACCCACCAGCCGGGUCAGGAAUCACACGAAUAUCCUGUUCCUGCUGGGGGUUCUGUCUGUUGUUUACAAAGUGACUCACGUGCAUCUCAACCAAGUCACCUUCCCUUGAAGUGAACCUAGGUGGGUUUAUAGAAAGAAACUCUGUAAAUAAUCCUGUAAAAGUGAACCCUGUCGUGUGACCAGCAGCACAAGGUGAAGACAGAGAUGCUGCUGGUUCUACUUUCGGCUCUGUCGUGGUCUGUUGGUUUAGAAUCGAAGACGCCAUGGAAUUUAUACAUACCCCUAUUUAUACAUACACUACACAGUGUAGUUGGAGUAACCUGAGUAUUAUCGUAGCUGCAGUAUACUGUCAGUAUUGUUGAACGUCCAUUAGGCAAGCUUUAACAUUUUGAUUGUGGUGACAUUUAUUUGAGCUUAAUUUCACCAGACUGUAGACAGUAAGGAAUAAUGUAAUGAUUUAGCAUAAGCUUUGAUCCAAAGUGACAUGCGAGGGGGGGACAGGGGGACUUGAACCUGAAACUCUUUGACCUGCUGUCGAAUGAGAGCCAUACCUUUUGUCCAUGUCACAGAAAGCUACAAAUGUCAAAAGUAUUUCAUAGGUGAUGUUGUUUUGUGGUUUGUGGACUAUUUGGGGGUAACAAUUGUCUGGGUCAACAUUGUAUCAUUAUGUUACCACAUCGCAUUGAUGUCCUUGUUUGUGCUCUAGCUUUUUGUUGGUAGUUAGGGAUGUGAUGGGCUCCUUAUUCAGGUACUUUACUCUUAAUCUCUCCGAUCAUCACCGAUCUAGAAUGUUCUUUAGGGGAGGGGAGGAGCCAGAGGAGAAUACAGGAAGUUUUGUUGUCCUGGUGAGGUUAGGGGAGGGGCCACGGUGAUCCUGAAGGGAGGCAUAGAAUGCCAGUUUCCUGUCUGGGCAAAACAGCUUCCUGUCUGGGCAAUCCAGUUGACUUUUUGGGCUUUGCACCAUCAUCACCGCUAGUUACAAGCAGCCAACAGUUAUUCUGCACCUUGUUUAGGUGAAUGAUGUGUUGAAGCUAAAACAGAAAAACUGUAUCCUGAUGUGACCUCUUAGUAUACAGACUAGGAGAUCUGUGCUUGGGUUUUACCCUGGUGUGUCAACUCUGGUUCCUUCCCUUCUCCCUCCCCCCCUCCCCCCCUUCUCCCUCCCCCCCUCCCCCCCUUCUCCCUCCCUCCCUCCCUCCCUUCCUCUCCCCCUGGGGUAACUGUACACCUUGCAGAAGUUCUUGACUAGCACUUGACUUAACCUGUGAUCAGGAGCUCUGGCCGUGGUGUGGCCAGGAUAAGCUUUUAGCCUGGGCGUUGCCAUACCAACACUCAAAUGUCUGGGGUGACAGAAUUGUGGUAUAGUUUGCUUUACGUUGUGCGGAUGUGUGGUAUGGUGGCGCUCUGCCUGACCUAUGCACGACCUGCCGAAAGGUCAUAGUUCAUCUUCUUGCCUUGGUUUUACCCUAAACAAACCCUGUGAAUGUUAAACACGCAAGGAGGCAAUUUUAGGCUUGAUUGUAUUACCAGAAGCAGCACAUAAACACACACGUGCUCCCCUCUCUCAGUCUCACACACACACAUGCUUAUCUUCUCUCUCUCUCUCUCUCUCUCUCUCUCUCUCUCUCUCUCUCUCUCUCUCUCUCUCUCUCUCUCUCUCUCUCUCUCUCUCUCUCUCUCUCUCUCUCUCUCUCUCUCUCUCUCUCUCUCUCUCUCUCUCUCUCUCUCUCUCUCUCUCUCUCUUACAUAUACACUGUCCUCUCUCUGUCUCUAUGUCUCUCUCUCACACACACACAAAUAGUAUAUUGCCUCCUUGUUUUGCUAGAAAAGUGUUUCUCUGAGUGAAGGAGGGACAUUCAAAGUCCUUUAAGGAAAAGCAAUACUGCUGCCUCGUUCCUGUCAGUGUCACUGUUGGAACAAACUGCUGUGGUCAGGGAUCAUUCAUUCACCACCAAACCAUUCAUGUAUGUCCCAGUUUUAGUUAUUUAGCUGUUUAAUCCUUGUGUGUGUCUUAUAGGACAAAUUGUGUGCUUUUCACUACAAACUUUAGCUGAGGUGGGAUAUUAAGAUAUGUUCCGCCCCCCCCCCGUCUAUCUCUGCUCCAAUCACUGCUCUUCUUUCUAGUAGUAAUGCCUGCUCCAGCCCCUUAUAUUACGAGCAAAUCCACAAGCUCUGAGCUCUGCUGGUCAUGCCUGAUGGCUGCAGCAGAGACGAGCUAGGCCUGUGAGAGGCCAGACGCAGUGGCGCAUCAUAUGCUGCAUGUUUUAUAAUACUGCAUGCAGCUCAACACUGCCCUCUGGUGGCAGCUUCCGGUACUCGAUACACUCAGACAGUCUGACCUUACACUUACCAGGGACACUGUUGGACACCACUGUUGCUCGGCUGGUGGGAACCACCAUGCUGAAGCUAACGGGGCAUCUUCAAAGACAAGCAUUUUUAUUUGUCAUAAAAGAAAAGAAAAUACUUCACAAAAAAUAUGAUACUAUAAAAAUAUUCAAACUAUAUUUUGUUAGAAGUUAGGAUGGGCUCAACCCUACCAGUACAAACUGAAAUCUGGCAGCUGCAGGAUGGGAUUACACUCCAGGUUCCUCCUUUAUAUUUGGAUUGAAGGUAGAUUUGAUAGGAACUACCCUUACUGCCGGAGCAACCACUCCACUGCCAAGCCAGGAGUCUACUGGUCAGCUCCUCACUUCCCACAUUCCACAGCAGAGCAGACCAACAAGGCUGGUCUGGUGUCAGGUCACCUGAUCAAUCUGCCUCCGGUUCUCAACCGGAACCAUGACUUUACGUCUGACCCUGAAUCAGUGAGGUGGAGGUGUCUCAACCUCCACCUCUCCUGCAGAAAUCUCUUUUGCCCAACUGCAUUUUAACCAGGCUGAGAAAGCCCAAGGCCCCAUGUGGUCUAUAUUUAUCUCUUCUUACAAUUGAUGUUCAGGUGACAAAAUGUGAUCAUAUCCCCUAAUAUCGUUUACUGGCCACAUGAUCAGAGAACGCUGGCUGAGGCUUCACUGCUCUUUAGCUCCACACACACACACACACACACACAUUUUGUAGGUGUGCAGUUUGUGAUCGUCUCUCCAUACACAAACAGUGGUCAGUCAGACAGGUGGUCAGACAGACAGGUGGUCAGACAGACAUGUGGUCAGACAGACAGGUGGUCAGACAUGGAGGUCUGGUCUGAAUACACACCACCCUCUCUGUAAUGGGGUCACUGACUGGACUGUCAACACGCUCGCCUGACCACAUCUACAAUGAAAGUCUAACCUUCCUCUGUACCUGUAUUCUGUAUGUUCCUCCUCCUCGUGGCUAUGCACCUCAAAGUAUAUAUAAGGGAAAUACCAGUUUGAAUAAAAAUGACAGAUAAUUGUGAACAUAGAA